AUGGCUGCCACCUUCAAGGUUCCCGAGAUCCACAACGAGCCCAUGCGCUCCUACGGACCCGGCUCCGCCGACCGCAAGGGCCUCGAGGAGGCUCUCGCCAAGGUUGGCAAGGCUGCUCCUUACGACAUCCCCUGUAUCGUGAACGGCAAGGAGAUCCGCUCGAACGACAAGGGUUCGCAGCCCAUGCCCCACGACCACAAGAACAACCUCGCCGAGUACCACUGCGCUACUCCCGAGACUGUCUCUGCCGCCAUUGACGGUGCUCUCAAGAUCAAGCCCGAGUGGGAGGCUCUCCCCUGGGCCGACAAGGCCUCCAUCUUCCUGAAGGCCGCCGACCUCGUUGCCGGCAAGUACCGCUUCGAGAUCAUGGCCGCCACCAUGCUCGGCCAGGGCAAGAACGCCUGGCAGGCUGAGAUUGACGCUGCCGCUGAGCUCGCCGACUUCCUGCGCUUCUCGGUCAAGUUCGUCGACCAGCUCUACGCCAUUCAGCCCGCUGCCAACUCGCCCGGUGUCUGGAACCGCACCGAGUACCGCGCUCUCGAGGGCUUCGUCCUCGCCGUCACCCCCUUCAACUUCACUGCCAUCGGCGGUAACCUCACCGUUGUCCCUGCCAUCCUUGGCAACGUCGUUGUCUGGAAGCCCUCGCCCAUGGCCACCUACGCCUCGUACCUGAUCUACAAGAUCCUCAUUGAGGCUGGUCUCCCCCAGGGUGUCAUCCAGUUCGUUCCCGGCAACCCUCCCGAGAUCGUCAAGCAGUGCAUUGAGCACAAGGAGUUCGCUGGUCUCCACUUCACCGGCUCGACCCAGGUCUUCCGCCAGCUCUGGAAGGACAUCGCCAUGAACAUUGACAACUACCGUGGCUACCCCCGCAUUGUCGGUGAGACCGGCGGCAAGAACUUCCACCUUUACCACCCCUCGGCUGAAAUCAAGAGCGGCGUCGUCCAGGCUAUCCGUGGUGCUUUCGAGUACUCUGGUCAGAAGUGCUCCGCCCUCGGCCGUUGCUACGUUCCCCGCUCGCUCUGGGAGGGCGGCUUCAAGGACGAGCUCGUUUCGCAGACCCAGAAGAUCAAGGUCGGCCCUUGCUACGACUUCGAGAACUUCACCGGCCCCGUCAUCGACGGAAGGGCUUACGAGCGCAUCACCAGCAUGAUCGAGCAGGCUAAGAAGGACGGCGGUGAGAUCCUCGCCGGUGGCAAGGGUGACAACUCGAAGGGCUACUUCGUCGAGCCUACCAUCAUCCUCACCAAGGACCCCAAGAGCCUCACGAUGGAGAAGGAGAUCUUCGGCCCCGUUAUGACUGUCUACGUCUACGAGGACGAGGACCUCGAGAAGACCAUCGAGCUCGUCAACACCACCUCGGAGUACGGCCUCACCGGUUCCAUCUUCGGGCAGGACCGCAUCGCUCUCGACAAGCUUUCUCGUGCCGUUCGCUAUGCAUGCGGGAACCUGUAUUUGAAUGACAAGUGCACAGGAGCAGUUGUCGGGCAACAGCCGUUCGGAGGAGCUCGCGCCUCUGGAACGAACGACAAGGCAGGAUCGAUGUCCAUCUUCUACCGCUUUGUAUCGGCCCAGUCGAUUAAGGACAACUUCAUCGACCCCGAGGAGUAUAUUUACCCUUCCAACCUUGUCGACGACGUUCGAAGAGUUUUGCUACGAGCUCAACCCCGGAACGCCCGCAAGCCGUUGUUUGCAGUUCCCCAACGGACCCGUACAAGCUGUGCCACAUCCGCGACGAGUCUGACGAUGCCCAAGCAGAAGCGCACUGAAAGUCCCUUUGGGCCUUAUCGCAUGUACGCGCACUGCGUCGACGCUUUACCCUGGGCCCUAUAUCGCCUCGGUUGCUGUCUGUUCAAGGUUUUCGCCGCCCACAACAUCAACACGAGACUGAUGAACGGUGUGACCUCGGGCAGCGAGAUCGCUAUGCUGGCGGAUUCCGCUCCGAAGACCGCCCUGGAUGAAAACGGCAUCGUGCAUCGCGCCCUCAUUGACCUCGGCGCGCCGGUGGACAGCUUCCGUACGCAAGUUCAGCCUCUCUAUAAGAGAUACCUCAAUCUUCACAAACUGCUCGGGGUGAUCGAGUACGCCGAGGCGGUCCAGCAGGAACUCGCGCGCGUCGCGAAAGAGGCAGCCCUCACGCGCUCCACUAGCUCGCCAAGUGCUGCCAACGUCGACCCUGCUCUCGGCAACUCUCGUAUCACUGUACCGAACCACUGGAGGCCCGUAGCGUACCGCGCCCUCGCUCAAUCAUUCGAAGAUUUGAAGAUGGAAGUCCAAGACGGGCCAGUUCGCGACCUGUACUACGAAUUGAACAAGAAACCAAUCCGGGUCCCAAUGGGCACUGAGCGCGAUGCUCCUCUGAUGGAGGUUUACCUCACUAUGGCUAGCCCAAACGAGCAUCGCCUCGUGAACCAAGUUCUCCGUGUGCACGCUCUCCUGUUCCCGAACUCGGAUUACUACAACCGUCCGCACCCGCGCCGCACUCAGUAUGAAGCUGAAGAUUUGGACACUUUCGAGUGGAACGACAUCUUCGACACAGGAUAUAUGGCCCACUACGCCCAAGUCGAACGUCUCCAGUCCAGCUCCGGCAAGCAGGGUGAAUCGAAGGGCAAGGGCUUCAAGGGGGCGGGCUCGAGCAACGGCCAGAGCAGCAAAUCAGACAGCUCGGCAAUUGGCACAGGGAACAUGGGGGGCAACUCGAAGAGGAAGAACAAGACGCAGGGCGCCGGCCCCGGAGCAGGAGGUGCAUCGCCUCCUAUGAAGCGUAACAAGGUCAUGCGCCCCAGUACCCGUAGCCCACACACAAGCUCCGCCGGAUCCUCGAAGUCUCGUUCCGAGAAGGGCGGCUCGGGUCUCCGUGACAAUGGAGCCCACUCAGAGGCUGCAGAAUCUAGCUCGGAGUCGGAUGGGGCAAUGGAAAUUGACGGCGCAGAUGAAGACGACUGGGUCGCGCCGACAUCGCUGUCCUCCGUACCCCAGGUGAUGCGUCGCUCGGCGCGGCGUGCGACAGCUGUCAACUAUGAGGAGAUCUAG